UUAGGUUUAACUAUACUUUUUAAGAUGGUAUCAGCGUAAGGUUUAAAAUCCGUUGGAUCAUCUGCUAUCAGGUUUAUCAUAAGUUAGUGCAAAUGGAUCUAGCACUUAUUUCUAAAUCCAAAUAGGAUCAAUAUCGAAAUAUGGGCGGAUAAUGAAUAAUUGAUUGAAGAAAAGGGUAAUAAUGUUAUGUAGUGAAACAAGAAUUGCAGUGGAACUACGUCACUAAGCACUCAUGACACCAAAAUAGCAAUAUUGUUGUACCUUUCAAGUUUUCAACUUCCACUUGUUAGUGCUCUUUUUCGUUCCAUGACAGUGGCAACGAGUUCGGCACCUCCUUUGGGAGACCAUUUGUGUGAAAAUGGAUUUGAAUGUGUUGAAAUUCUGCCUGCUACCAAUGAUGUACAUGGAGGAGUCAUUGUUGAUUUGAAGGAUCCUAUGGAUCCUGAAGUUUUUGCUUCUUUGCUUAAAUCUUCUCUUUUACAAUGGAAGAAACAGGGAAAAGAUGGCGUGUGGAUCAAGUUACCUAUUGAGCUUGUUAAUCUUGUUGAAAUUGCAGUUAAGGAAGGUUUCUGGUACCACCAUGCUGAACCAAGCUAUGUAAUGCUAGUUAACUGGAUUUCCAAAACAGGCUGCACAAUCCCUCCAAACGCUUCUCAUCGCGUAAGAGUCGGCGCCCUUGUCUUGAAUGACAAGAAAGAGGUGCUAGUUGUUAAGGAAAAAAGAGGUAGAUUCCAUGGAAUUGGUGCUUGGAAGCUACCUACAGGAGUAGUUGAUGCGGGUGAGGAGAUCUUUGAAGCAGCAAUUAGAGAAGUAAAAGAAGAGACCGGAAUUGAUACAGAAUUUAUGGAGGUACUAGGAUUCAGACAGGAACACAAUUCAUUCUUUGAGAAAUCAGAUAUAUCAUUUCUUUGCAUGCUGCAUCCUCUUUCUUUUGACAUCAAAAAGCAAGAACUUGAAAUUGAGGCAGCUCAGUGGAUGCCAUUUGAAGAAUAUGCAGCACAACCAUUUAAUCAGAAGCAUGAGCCCUUCAAGUACAUAAAUGAAUUAUGCAUAGCAAAGAUGGAAAAUGUCUAUACUGGAUUCUGUCCACGUCUUGUCUCAUCAUUUUUCUCUAAGGAUUUUAGUUACAUAUAUUUGAACAGCAAGGAUUUAGACAAGUCUUCUUCAUGAGUCUCAUGAAUCACUCUUAUUUUUCAAUUAUAAGUCAAAAAAGUUAAUUAUUCUAUGAAGAUUUAGUGUUAGUAUUUUCAAAAUAAUCUUACAUUAGUUCUUAAUGUUAUGAGGUUAUGAUCAUCAUAAUUAA